GGAGCUAUCGUGGAACGCAAGUGUCGUGGCCGCGGUGCGAACCCGAAGCUCAUCUCUCUCUGCUCCCUCAGACACGACACUCAUCGACACGGCGAGAGCGAGCAACCCAAGACGCAACAAUGGCAGAGGGCAAAGGUACUUGGGACUCCCUGAGGGAAUGGAUCGUCGAUCACAAGCUCCGCGCUGUCGGUUGUCUAUGGCUGAGUGGAAUCUCGGGUUCGAUCGCCUACAAUUGGUCGCAGCCCAACAUGAAGACCAGUGUCAAGAUCAUUCACGCCAGGCUGCAUGCUCAGGCACUCACACUUGCUGCCUUGGCGGGCGCUGCAGUUGUAGAAUACUACGACCACCGGACAGGAAAGAAGGCUGACCGCUAUGCCAAGUUCCUCAACUUUGAUGAGCACCAACAGAAAGAUCGAAGUUAAUGGUCUACAAGUCAUGAGAUCUAUACAGUGCUUGGUCAUUUUGUCAUAACCCCCUGGAGAGUCGGGACCAUAUUUCUAAGAGGCAUCGCAUUGCCAAACAUUGAUUUAAUUAAAAGCAUUUAUGCAUCUUUUCUGUCCAUUUACAAUGGUUGUAUCCAAUUGUUCUCUCCUGUCUUAUUAUUUGUUGGUUCUUUCUGUAUAAUCCUAUGGAAUCAGACUCCAGGAGGACCAGGGUAACUUUUUGACACCUUUGAUAUUAUUCU